CCCACCCGUUUCACACUCGUACAAGUCACUGCAUGAAAACUUUACGCGCACUGAACCAACGCUGUGAACUGAAGCAAGAAUGCGCGGAGGCUGUGCCUUGAAAUCAAAGUGAGAAUCGGCACGCUUGUUGGUUUCCGGGUGUAUAGUUUUUUUUUUUUAACUUUUUGUUUGGGAAGUGAUGACACUGGAGCUGUCGGCAGGACUAUGAGCGACCACGACAUCCUCGAGAUGGAGUCCGACAUGGAGGAUCUGGGGGAUAUAGAGCUGGGCAUGAUAGAUGAGGAAGUUGUAUACCCAGAGGAGUUUUUACCAACUUAUCACUCUAUCAAAGAAGGAGGAAACGUAAUUAAAGCACAAGAGGUAGAGUUUAAUGACAAACCAGACUCCCUGUUCUUCAAUGAUGGUGUUAGGAGGAUUGACUUUGUCCUGGCGUAUGAAGAUGAGGACAAAAAGGAAUAUGAGAAGAGGCAUGUGUUCCAGAGACGCAAGAGACGGCGAGAAUACUUUGAGGCCAGCCUGAUGAAGAUGGGCAUGGAGUUGGAGGCUACACAAUCUGUUUUAGAUGAAAAACUCGUGUUUUUGAAAGUUCACAUGCCAUGGGAUGUGCUGUGCACCUAUGCCGAGGUCCUGCAUAUCAAGCUUCCCAUACAGCCCAACGACAUGCCGGCCCGCCCCUCCCCGUUGCGCUUUUUCUCCUGCAUCACCAAGCACUUCUAUCCCGAUGAGAAACUGAUCAGUAAGGAGUCCGAGUUCUUCACCGCCCCCUUUGAGAAGGAUCGACAAGAUCUCUUCUGUAUCAAGGACAAAGAUCUCUUCUUCACUCCAUCGAUGAGGAGCAGGAUGGCGUAUUACAUCCUGAGCCGAGCCCCCUAUGACAUACGAAGCAACAUAAAGAAGUUUGGCAUCACCAAACUGCUGGACAGUGGAGUUUACAAAGCGGCCUAUCCCAUCCACGAUUGUCGGUUCAAUGUCAAGUCCCAAGAACCAGAGUGUCCCAAUGAAAGAUACCUGCUCUAUGAAGAAUGGGCUCAUCCCAAAAGCUUCUACAAGAUCCAACCGCUGGACCUCAUACGGAACUACUACGGGGAGAAGAUUGGCAUCUACUUUGCCUGGUUGGGUUUCUACACGAGAAUGCUCACUUGGGCUGCUGUUGUUGGGAUCGGCUGUUUCAUCUACGGGUACUAUACCCGGGACACCAGCACCUGGAGCAAAGAAGUGUGCGACCCUGAUAUUGGGGGGAAAAUAGUCAUGUGUCCACAGUGUGACACGUGCCAAUACUGGACAUUAAACAGCACCUGUAACACUUCGAAAAAUCUUUGCAUAUUUGAUAACUUUGGAACGUUAGUGUUUGCAGUUUUCAUGUCAGUCUGGGUGACUUUGUUCCUAGAGUUCUGGAAGCGCUACCAGGCAGAGCUGGAGUACGAGUGGGACACUGUGGAGUUCCUGGAACAGGAAGAGCCACCUCGCCCAGAAUAUGAAGCCAAAUGUAUCUAUGAGAGGAAAAACCCCAUCACAGGGGUGAAGGAAAAGGUGCCAUACACAGCCUGUGGACGAUGUGUCCGUGUGUCGAUAGGAAUGACAACAGUCAUUUUCUGGAUAAUGUUGAUCCUGGCAUCUGUUGUGGCCAUCACUGUAUACCGCCUGGCUGUCUUCUUUACUUUUUCUCGUGAACUGAGGAAUACAAACUUGACAAUUGCUGAGCCAAUAAAGGAGUAUGUGACACCUCAGAUGGCCACUUCUGUCACAGCAUCACUGAUUAGCUUUGUUGUAAUCAUGAUCCUCAAUAUUCUAUAUGAGCGGGUCGCCAUCUGGAUCACAGACUUCGAACUUCCACGAACCAAGACGGACUAUGAGAACAGCUUGACGCUGAAGAUGUUCCUCUUUCAAUUUGUCAACUAUUACUCCUCAUGUUUCUACAUCGCCUUUGCAAAGGGGAAAGCAGUUGGCCAUCCAGGAAAGCCUGUUUAUCUUUUGGGAAAAUACAGAAAUGAGGAGUGUGAUCCGGGUGGUUGUUUGAUUGAGCUGACGACUCAGCUGGCAAUCAUCAUGGGUGGAAAAGCCAUCUGGAACAACAUCCAGGAGGUCUUGAUACCGUGGUUGAAGAAUUUAAUUUAUCGCCACUGUGUCCAUGUGACAUCGGAGAAAGUGAUUCCUCGCUGGGAGCAGGACUACCAGCUCCAACCCAGCUCAAAACUAGGACUGUUCUACGAAUACCUUGAGAUGGCCAUCCAAUUUGGCUUUGUGACCCUGUUUGUGGCCUCCUUCCCUCUGGCUCCGGCCCUGGCUCUGCUCAACAAUAUAAUAGAAAUUCGGGUUGAUGCUUGGAAAAUCACCACUCAGUUUCGCCGUGAUGUGCCAGAGAAGGCACAGCACAUAGGAGCCUGGCAGCCCAUUCUUCAAGGCAUCACUAUCCUGGCUGUGGUAACAAAUGCCAUGAUCAUUGCUUUCACGUCGGACAUGAUCCCACGGCUGGUCUACUACUGGUCUUUCUCAGUUUACCCCUACGGCAAUAAUACUGAAAACACCAUGAAGGGCUACAUCAACAGCUCGCUGUCGGUAUUCAGUACCAACGAUUUUCCCCCAGUUGAUGAUGAAUAUAUCCACACGCCUCCCAACCUAACCACUUGCAGGUAUCGAGAUUAUCGGUUUCCCCCCGGGCACCAAAGACAGUACGAAUACAACAUGUUCUACUGGCAUGUGAUUGCUGCCAAAAUGGCUUUUAUAAUUGUUGUGGAGCACAUUGUUUAUUUUACCAAGUUCAUCCUGGCCUACAUAAUCCCCGACGUCCCGUAUGCUGUUAAAGAACAAAUCAAACGGGAAAAAUACCUGACCCAGGUGAUCCUCCACGAGACCAACCUGAAGCUGGUGUCCAAACGUUUAAAGGCAACUGAAACUGAAACUGAAAGCUGAGCAUUUACAAAAGAAGGACUUGGAGGUGGAUGAAAAUGGAUGGGACACGAAAGCAGAACCUUUUAAGUGUGUCACAAGAAGAGUGUUCUUUUUCUCUGUAUUCAAUUCAGUUUUAUUUAUACAGCACCAAAUCACAA